AUGGUGCAAUAUCUUGUCUGGUUGGAUAAGCAGGAGAUACAUGGGGUUUCUGGUUACUUCUUGGAGGGAGACGAAGUGACUAAGAAAAAACAAUUGCAAACACUUAAACUGACAGAGGUGACUGCAAGCGAUAAGCUAGAGAGUUUUCGUGCAGUAAAAAAGGUCCUCAAGGGUCAUAUUGCACUUGGGAAUGCUCAAUUUCCUAAUGGAACCAACGGCCACGGAAUUGGGUCUUACCUUAAUGUUCAUGAAGGUAUCAAAUCGGUCUUCGUUAUAGUGGAGGUGCCCCGUAUGCUUUUAAUGCGGUCACUAAAGUUUGGCAUUACACCAAUUGUGGUGCCAAUUGGUGUUCGAGAUUUUGACAUUAAUGGGGAACUUUGGGUCAAAUUAGGAUUGAUACCAACAGAGCUUUUUGUAGGAGUUGUAAUAUUCUCUAGAUUUUAUUCAUAAAACACUUGUACAUUUUUCUCU